AUGGCUACUCCUAUUCUUCCAAAGGAUAAUCUGCACACCGACGCUGACGAUAUGGAUUUUGAAAUUUUCUGUCUUAUCUGGCUCGAUGCUAAUACAAAAGUCACAGAUAAUCGAGAAACAGAACAGAAAUUACGUUCUAUCAUUAAUCGUCUCAAAAAGUUUCAAGAUGUAAAACAAUGUCAACAAUAUAUUGAAGAACGUUCACAAAAUGAACGAGUAGUCAUGGUUGUUAGUGGUCGAUUGGGAAGCGAAAUUGUCCCUUCUAUUCAUAAACUGCGACAAGUUAUAUCGAUUUAUGUGUAUUGCAUGGAUAAGAAACGUAACGAACAAUGGGCUAACAAAUUCAAAAAAGUAAAAGCUGUUGUUGUUGCACUUGAUGAACUAAUUUCUCGAAUUCAAGCUGAUCAUAAAAUUCAGAAAAUAGUGGAAGAACCAUUUUCAAUUAAUGUUUUUACUAUAGGUUCUGAUCCAGGUAAAUCAACAGCUGAUGUAAAUGGUAAAUUUGUCUUUUUUCAAGUACUUAUUGAUUGUCUUCUACGAUUAAAAUCUAAUGACAAAGACAUAAAUGAACUCAUUAAACAUUGUGAAAAGGCAUAUGAAGAUAAUAAUUGUGAAUUAAGCAAUCUUCGUGAAUUUAAAAACGAGUAUUCACCUGACAAAGUCUUAUGGUGCACCUAUGCUGAACAAGCUCGUGUUUUUCUGAAUGUUUCUAACGAUGCAGACAAUUUAGAACCAGUACUAUUUGAAAUCUAUGCCGAUCCUAAGCUGGCCGCUACAAAACCAUUUGCUGAUAUUAGUGCACACAGUAAAUAUUCUGGCAAAUCAGAAAUACUUUUUAUGCCUGGUACUAUUUUUCGCUUGAACAGUGUCAAACGCAGUAGUGAUAAUCAAGUGUGGAUCAUCCAAAUGACAUUGUGUAGUGAGGACGAACAUGAUUUAAAACACGUUCUCAUGUACAUGAAACAACAACUUGGUAGUGGAGAAACAAAUCUUCGAACAUUAGGAAAAGUCUUAUGGAAAAUGGGAAAAUUUGAUUUAGCUGAACAAUAUUUUACUCGUUUAUUGAAAGAUCUUUCACCAAAUGAUCCUUUACUUGUUACUUUGUAUGAAGAGCUUGGCGAGCUGGCAUCACAGACCGGUGACUACAAUAAGAGUGUCAAAUGGCAUCAAAAAUCACUUGCACUUAAGAACCCAGAUGAAUCAAUUGAUUCAGUCCGUAUUGAUCAACCUAGGAAUUACAUUGUUAAUAAUCAAUAA